UUGAACGGGACGCUCCGGCGGGUGGGCUGUGGGAUGAUGCGGUUCGGGUCCAGGUGUUCCAUGCGAACUGUGCACUGAUAUUUCCCAUUCUGCCGCAAAGUUCAUGUUCUGUCCGUCAAUUUCUUGUCUGUGUCCUUCUGUCCAUCCGUCUAACUCACGAGGCUUCAGUGAGUUAAUCUAUCGACUGUGAUGGCUUUCUCGGCUUUACUGCUACUGGCCCUCUCCUCCUCUGUCUCCCUCACAGUGGGAGUCCUGUUUGGUGAGCCCAGAAUAUAUGGAGAGGAUGCUACUGGCUAUGGCCCCAUCUUUGAGGAGGAGCCUGUGGAUGUGGUCUAUACUGAGGACUCACCCGAUGGGAGAAUCUCCAUGAACUGCAGGGCACGGGCCAACCCACCAGCCUCAUACAGGUGGCGCCGUGAUAACUGGGAGAUCAAACUGAUGGAGCAGCCAGACGAGCACUACAGCCUGGUGGGGGGGAACCUGGUUAUCACCAACCCUAAACGCAAGAAGCACGGUGGAACUUAUGUCUGUGUGGCCCGAAACAUCUAUGGCACAGUCAUCAGCAAGGAGGCCAGGGUCAAGUUUGGAUAUGUGGAGGAGUUUCCCCAGGAGGAGAGAGACCCUGUGUACGUCAAAGAGGGACAAGGGGCAGUUCUGCUGUGCCGCCCUCCAAAAGCCUGGCCACAGGAGGUGACCUACCGCUGGAUCUACAAUGAGUUCCCAGUGUUCCUGCACACAGAUCAUCGUCGGUUUGUCUCUCAGAAGACGGGGAAUCUUUACAUCUCCAAGGUGGAAGCUCAGGAUGCAGGAAAUUACUCUUGCUUUGUUUCCAGUCCCAUCAUCGGGAAGAGCGUCUUCUCCAAGUUCAUCCCCCUCAUCCCAUCACCACCCGAAGAUGGUGAGGAGAGAAAAUACCCAGCAGACAUCAGGGUCAAGUUCCCAGACACGACUGCCAUGCUUGCUUCUAAUAUUACAUUGGAGUGCUUUGCUCUGGGAAACCCCAUUCCUCAUAUUGUUUGGAGAAAAGUGGAUGCCACUGACCUCCCGCCAAAUCAUGAGAUCAGUGAAUCAGGAGCUGUGCUUCACCUGUACAAUGUACAGUAUGAAGAUGUGGGAGCAUACGAGUGUGAAGCCAUCAACACUAAAGGAAAGGACUGGCACAAGGCUUGGCUCUAUGUGGAGUCUGCUCCAGAAUGGGCAGAGACAAUCAACAACACUCAGAUCGACAUCGGCUCAGAGCACACCAUGCGCUGUGUGGCAUCAGGGAAGCCCUUCCCUUUCAUCCGCUGGUACAAAGAUGGAUAUAUGUAUGGGAAAGGGGAGCUGAAGUUUUCCAGUCUGACUUUCGAUGACUCUGGGAUGUACCAGUGUAUCGCUGAGAACUACUGGGGCAUCAAAUAUGCCAAUGCUGAGCUGCGAGUGAUUGCCUGUGCUCCAACAUUCGAGUUUAACCCUGUGAAGAAACAGCUUCUUGGGGCUGAAGAUGGCCGUGUGGUGAUCGAGUGUAAACCUCGAGCAGCUCCUAAACCUCGCUUCACCUGGACAAAGGACAAAGAGCUGCUCUUCAACAAUUCACGCAUUUCCAUCAUGUAUGAUGGGAGUCUGGAGAUCCUCAAUGCCACCAAAAAGGAUCAGGGCCUCUACACCUGCUUUGCUGAGAACGACAGAGGAAAGGCCAACAGCUCAGGCUAUCUCAAAAUCACAGAGGCGACCUCCAUCACAGUGGCUCCUGAAGACACUGAGGUUAAGGUUGGUGAUGAGGUGAUUCUUAGCUGCACAGCUAAAUUCGACCCCAUGCUGGACAUCACCUUCAUCUGGGCCAUAGACUUCAGAGUCAUUGACUUUGACUCCGAGUGGCAACACUACGAACGCGUUGUGAGUGAAGACGGUAGUGGGGACCUGAGAAUAAAGAACGUGCAGAUCUGGCAUGAGGGUCGCUACACCUGCACAGCUCAGACUGUGGUGGACAGCGAUACAGCAUACGCCGACCUCAAGGUUGUAGGUGUUCCCGGGCCUCCUGGUGUGAUCCGUGUGGAGGAGAUCGGGGACACGUGGGUGAAGCUGUUGUGGACUAAAGGAGCGGAGCAUAACAGCCCCAUUCUCAGCUACACCAUUCAGACCAGGCACUACUGGGCUCUUUACGAAGAUGACUGGAGGGACGCCAGCACCUCUCCAGCCUUUCUUGAUGGCAGUGUGGAGAGGGCAGAGGUGACAGACCUUUACCCCUGGAUGGAGUAUCAGUUCAGGAUCAUUGCCACGAACGAGUAUGGCUCUGGAGAGGCCAGCAUCCCCUCCCUCAAGAUCAAAACCUGGGAUGCACCUCCAGUAACUUCGCCCACAGAUGUGGAAGGUUAUGGAGGUAGAAAUGGCGAGAUCGUCAUCACAUGGACACCUGUGCAGCCAUGGUAUUUCUACGGCAAGAAAUUUGGCUACAUCGUGGCAUUCAAGCCUCAUGAUGCUUACGACUGGUGGUACGAGACCAUCUCAGAUCCAGAGACGAGGCGUUAUGUCCACAGAGACUCCUACUUCAUUCCGACUGAGGAAGACUUCCAGGUGCGAGAGUUUCAGGUGAAGAUCAAGUCCUUUAAUGUGAAAGGAGACGGACCCUACAGUCUCACCAAGGUCAUCUACUACCCACGAGAUGUACCUACAGAGUCUCCGACAGACGUCUAUGCCAGGCCAGUGUCUUCCACAGAAGCUCUGGUGUGGUGGCUGCCAGUGGUCGACACUGGAACAGGCCUGCAGCAGUACAUCGAGGGAUAUCAGGUCAAAUAUUGGAGAAAAUACGAUGACCCGGAGCCAGGAGCCAAUCGUAUAUUUGUUUCAGCUAAAGUCAAUCAAACCAGGUUGGAGAACAUGCUGCCAGACUCACACUACCUCAUUGAGGUCCGUGCCUUCAAUGGAGCUGGCCUCGGACCCCCUGGUGAACACUGUGAGAUGUUCACAAAGAGACCACCACCACCUGAAGCUCCCAGGGUGUGGCGCUAUAUCAGCUGGACCGGAAAGUGGUUGUACGUGUGGUGGGAUCAUAUCCAGUACGACUGGUUUGGCAAUAUUUCUUUCCCACUGUACUACAAGGUCAUGUUCAGAAAGACUGGCUACAUCUAUGGGAAAGUCUACAUCACUGGUUGGCACUUCAUGGACUUCCCCAUGCCUCAGCUUGAAGACUAUGAGCUGAUGGUGCGCGGCCGUUAUGAGGGAGGAGAUGGUCCAAUCAGGAAGAUUAGUAUUCUGGGUAAAGCAUCCAUGACCACGCCCACUCUAAGCCUUGUGUCUUUGGUGCUGCUGGCGCUGUGCAUUGUGGGAUUGGAAAUGUAAGCCUGCCACACGCAACAUGUAUAUAAUAGACUCUGGGAAACAACUGUGUGGACCUAAUAAAAGAUCAAGUCUUCACCUUCAAACACUUCAAUUGGUGCAUCCUUCCUUUGCACUGGUAGUUAUGGUUAAGAUCCCACAUCCCACAUCAUGCAUGUGUCCUGCGUUUGUUCUGUUGUUACACCACACUGGAAGAUGUUGCUCCACAAAAAUAGAAUUGGAUGUUGGCCCCACCACUUUUUAUGGACUUACUUUAUCCUUUAAAUGAAGAACAGAACAGUGCACAGGACUGUAGGAUAAAUGCAGUCAAACAUGGGACUACUACAUUGGACACAACUGUUAAAGAGAAGAUUCAAAAUUCCCUCUUUCAAAUCCAGAUGUUCUUUAUCCAAGUCACUCCAAAGUCAAAAUGAAUGAAGACAGAUGUUAAUUGUUGGAUAUAAUGAUAAGAAACUUCAUUCUGUGAACAAGCUCUCCACAAAGUCAUAUAGGGAUAAAUGCAUCAAGAAAAGUCAUUUUUAAGUUAUGUUUGUUAAAUGACAGUACUAUCACCACAGCAAUAUACCCUGUCCUUCUCUCGUCAUUCAACUUUCAUUAUUUUCUAAUUGCUCUUGUUUGGAGUUGAAUUAAGCUGGACAUACAGUACACCAUGGUAGAAUUAAACCCAAAGAUUAGGCAAAUAUUAUUUAUAAUGAGCACUAGCAAUCUCUCAGAUGGUCCAAGCGAUGAAUAGUAUCUAAAGAAGUAUAUAAUAAUCACUGCAUUAGGUUUGAAAUGAGCAGAGGAGGAUGAGCGAUUUGUGUGUGUGUGUGUGUGUGUGUGUGUGUGUGUGUGUGUGUGUGUGUGUGUAGAUUUUAUGAAGGUGCAAUGCUUAUUUGCAAAUUCUAUCCUUGAAGUCCACUCAAUAUAUGAAAUAUUUUAAAUAAGAGUAUUCUUCACAACCACAAGGACACUGCUGUACAUUCUACAAUUUCCCUUUUUGUUUAAUGUUUUUUAGAUUUGAAAUUUUCAAAAGGUGCUGUGUGACAGAUAUAUCACUUUGAUCAAAUCUUCCUUUGAGAGCAAUGAUGACAUUUGACAGUCACAAAAUGGUACAUUUGAAGGAACUGUGAGGCCAGGGUUGGACAGAAAUUGCUGUAUAUCAAACGUAUCUGUAUGUUAAUUUCCUUUGGUCUGUCAGGCUGCGAAACCAUUAAACAGAGUACAAAAAGAAUGUUUGAGAAUUAUUACUAUUUUUCUAAGUUUUAAUCCAUUCCUGAUUCGCCACUUACCUAGUGUUUAACUUGUAAAUCCAUCUUGUCCAUUUCUGAAAUUGGCAUGUGUAGAUGAAACCAUUUGACUCUUUGGAGUCAGUUUGGAAUCAUAAAACUUUCCUUCACAAUGUUAGAAAGUAUUUAAUCCACCUUUAGAUUUCUCUAAAGCAGCAAUAGUAUUCA